AUGCCCAUCAACACCUCCUCCUCAGACGAAGGCGUCACGGGCGCUGCAAAGUUCGUCACCUCUGCCGUCGGUAACACCGUAGGCGGACUGACCCGCACUGUAGGCGGCGUCACCGGAGCCGCUGGCCGCGGGAUCGGCGAAACCAUAACCGGCGCCACUGGCAGUCUGGGGAAACCCGUGGGAGAUGGCCUUGCGAACGCGUUGACGGGUAUCGAGAACGGGGCGAGAAAGGUGGCCCAUGGCGUCGAGGAUGCAGGCCAGUGGAAGAGUGGCGCGAAGCGAUUCUGA